GAGCACCAAAUAGCAGGCAUGGAGCUGUCCCCAAAGCACUUUCAUAAAAGAGGGAAGAUCUCAGCAAAAGCCUAAAGGGAAGGAGACAGAGAUCCAAAGCAGGUCAGAGUGGAGAAACGGCAGCAGCAACAGCAGCCAAAGGUGGAGGGAGGGGAGAAGACAGUGGGGGCUGUAGUCCCUCGGUAGCAGAAAAGAAUAUAUUAGAGGAUACAAGGAGCUACAAACACAAGAUUUGCACUGAUCUGUCAGCAGCAGCUCUGCAUCAGUCUGCCUGCGCUUAUUCCAUUCUUACUGAGAUACUGUGCUGCAUUUGGGUGCCAUGGGUAACAGUUUGUCCAGCAGCAUUCCUACAUUUCCCAGAGGAAGCCAGACAAGAAUACACAGAUUCCAUCAGCAGCAUCACAUCAAAGACUCUAUAGGUGGGACAUUUCCAGCAUCCUCUCAUCGAUGCCAUCACAAGCAAAAGCACUGCAUGCCGAUGCCACAAUGUGGCAGGCUAGCCAUCAGCCCUCUCCUUUUCCACCCCCAUGCCAAGGGGUCCCAGAUUAUGAUGGACAACACACAGAAGGCAGUAAAGAGGCAGGCAAGCUUCUGUAACGCCAUCACUUUCAGCAACAGGCCGGUGGUUAUCCAUGAACAAGUCCGCCUUAAAAUAACCAAAAAACAGUGCUGUUGGAGUGGUGCUCUCAGACUUGGAUUCACCUCCAAAGAUCCAUCACGGAUCAAUCCUGACACAUUACCUAAAUAUGCCUGUCCUGACCUCGUCUCUCAGAGUGGAUUCUGGGCCAAGGCACUACCUGAAGAGUUUGCUAACGAAGGAAACAUCAUAGCAUUCUGGGUGGAUAAAAAGGGUCGAGUGUUUUACCGGGUUAAUGACUCUGGGGCAAUGCUGUUCUUCAGUGGAGUGCGGACUACAGAACCCCUCUGGGCUUUAAUCGAUGUUUAUGGGCUGACACGAGGUGUGGAGCUACUAGAUAGUGAGAUGAUUCCUCCGGAUUGUGUACGGCCAAGAUCAUUUACUGCAAUACCACGGCCAUCUCUAAGAAGAGAAACUGAAGACACCCGCUUGUCUGUCAGCCUGUGUGACCUGAACUUGCAAGAAGAAAACUUUCAGUCCAUGUCCACCAUGUGUCCUAUCCCACAAAACUCACUCAACUCUCAACAUUCCCAUCUGCUUCCCACACAGCUGGAGAGUGAUCUCCGGUUCCAUCAGCUUAGAGGGGCUCACAUCAAAACGUUAGAUGAUCAAACUGUGGCCAGGCUGGAGCAUGCCCGAGAAGAGCGAACUUUAGUGUUCACCAACAGACCACUGCGAAUUAACGAAACCAUAUUUGUCAAGAUAAACAAAUCUAACUCUGCGAGGUCUGGGACUCUGUCUUAUGGUGUGACAUCUUGUGAUCCCAGCACUUUGAGACCAAGUGACCUUCCUUAUAAUCCAGAGUCUUUGGUUGACAGAAAGGAGUUCUGGGCAGUAUGUAGAGUUCUGGUUCCUCUUCAGAGCGGGGACAUCUUGGGGUUUGUGAUAAACACAGAAGGUGAACUACAUUUAAGUCACAAUGGCAGUAGCACUGGAAUGCAGGUCUGCGUGGACUGUUCUCAACCAUUGUGGAUGUUCUUUGGUCUUCAUGGAGCCAUCAUGCAAAUACGUAUAUUGGGCUCCACAGUAUCAUCAUCUGACCAUCGAGACAUAUCAACACCAAGUUCUCCAACGUCUGUUCCCAGCACCCCAACAGCCCUGUGCAGCGGUAGCUCUGACCCUGUGUUGAACACAUGUGUGCCAGGGCCCCUUUGUAAUUCCAUAAGUGGUACAGCUCCAAACUCCCCAGUGAGCAUGCCCGAGUCACCCAUCUCACCUUCUGCCUCAGGAACCUGGAAUGAUGAGUGUACCAUCUGCUACGAGAACAUGGUGGACACAGUCAUAUACUCCUGCGGACAUAUGUGUCUUUGCUAUACAUGCGGCCUAAAACUCAAGAAAAUGAACAAUGCCUGCUGUCCCAUCUGCAGACGUCAGAUCAAGGACAUCAUUAAAACCUACCGCAGUAGUUAGGAACCUUUUCAGUUCACUUUUACGCCGGAGUUUAAAAAAAAAGACAUUCUUGGGGAAGUUCGAGGCACUUAAAUGUGACUGUAAAUGUCUGUAAAGUUUCAGCUCUGGAUUCAAGGAUUCUGAAAACCAAGAUAUCAGGGAAGCAUAGUCUUGUAAUCAUCAUUAUUUACUAUGAUACAGAUGAAGCUUGCAACUUUUAUACUAAACUGAGAUCUGGAAGUAUCCCUUGAAAAAAAUAAGCAGUUUCUGCUUUGCAGCAAAGAAAAUCAUGAUUCUGAAUAUCAAGCAAUACCUGCUAGCAUUAGGAAGUCAACAGAAAAUGUGGAAGUUUUGUGUGUUUGUCAAGAGACUUGAAUAUACAACCGUACCAUUGUACUGUAGUUAUGACAAAGUGGUUUUACAAACUGUCAGCUGAAAGGUUUGAGCCAUAGUGGGGUCUGCCAAUGCUUUCAACUAAAUUGGGAUUACAAAUGUUUAAGUUUUGAUUGUUCAUACCAUCUACUGUGUUCCUCC